AUCCACUUACGUAACGCGGAUACACUCUCUAAAACCCAUUUAAAAUACUCUGCGUACUGUCACGCGUGAAUUUAAAACCAACCGCCCUUCAAAUCAGUGUUUUGAUAACGCCUUCAACACGAACUGUAGAUAAAGUUAAUAGUGAUUUCCUGGCGCGAGUGAAUGUGAACCGCACCAUCCAUCCCAAAUUAAAUACUUCCGGGUAUUUCAUUACUCUCAGAUGUUGGCAUGAUUUCGUUUUGAGUGAAUCUUUUUCUUUAUAACAUCAAGCGACAUGGACGAGAGCGUUUUGAAGUGAGCGUGUUUUUGUUCUUAUUUGAUACUUUGUGGCUUUGUUUUAUCCAGCCAGAUGUGAGCGUGUACGUUUGGCCAUGUCCAGAUGUUGAUCUCAGGCAGAGUAAUCCACGGGAUUAAAUGCUGUUUCUAUGUGAAGAACUGUAUGCUGCAUUAACGUGCUCGCCAUGAAACACAUCGUUUUCUUUCUGGCGUCUUUAUUCCUGACGGAGUGUUCAAGGAGACCCAUUCGGGAUGUCCUAGACGACGAGUACGACCAGCUCAGCUCAUUGCUGUCAGACUUUGAUGUUCUUCAGCAGUCCAGUCUUCAACAGCAUUCGGUUCGCAAGAGAGAUGUCCAGUCACAAACACACGCAGAGAGGUUUCUCGGUUUCACUGCGUUACAGAGGCAUUUCAAAUUGUACCUGGCAACCAACACAGAGCUCUUCACUCAUGACUUUAAGGCUGUGGUAGUAGGAGAAGAUGGCGCUCAAAAGACGUACGAGGUCCAGAGAGAAAACUUCUUCAUCGGUCAUGUCAUUGGAGAGGAGAAUUCCCGCGUACAAGCGCAUAUCGGUGUCAAUGACUUCACUGCUCAUAUUCUUACUGAUGAAGCCGAAUACAAUAUUGAGCCCCUGUGGAGGUUUAUCGAAGACUCGCAUGAUGAUCGACUGCUCGUAUAUCGCUCUGAAGACAUCAGGAACGUGAGCCGGUUGGCGGCUUCAAAAGUGUGCGGCUACAUCAGCACAGAUGCCAUGGAGAUGCUGCCAGAGAGUGUGCGGGCUGCCAGAGCACUAGAUAAAGGGGAAAGGGAGGAGGAUGGGCACCUGAGAGAGAGAAGACAGACCCCAGACCACAGUAAGAACACCUGCCCUCUGCUGCUUGUGGCCGACUAUCGUUUUUUCAGGCACAUGGGCCGUGAGGAGGAGAGCACCACCCUCAACUACCUGAUUGAGCUGAUUGAUCGUGUGGAUGACAUUUACCGUAAUACGUCUUGGAAUGAGGAGUAUAAAGGUUAUGGAGUUCAGAUUCAGCAGAUCAUAAUUAACAAGACACCCACUAAAGUUUUGCUGGGAGGUGCCCACUUCAACAUGAAAGGGACUCCUGUGAAGAACAAGCAUGUCUGGGACGUCAAGAAGCUCCUGGAGCAAUUUAGCAUUGACAUCGCAGAUAAUGCAUCCCAAGUGUGCUUGGCUCAUCUGUUCACAUAUCAGGAUUUUGAUGAAGGGACACUCGGCUUGGCUUACGUGGCUCCCUCCAAAGCAGGCUUUCCUGGAGGUCUUUGCUCUGAAAAGUGUCCUUCUUCAGGAAAUGACAAUCGUGCUAUAUACCUCAACACUGGACUAACCAGCACCAAAAAUUAUGGAAAAACCAUUCUCACCAAGGAAGCUGAUUUGGUUACAACUCAUGAGCUUGGCCACAACUUUGGUGCUAUUCAUGAUCCAGAUACUUCACCGGACUGCACGCCCAGAGAGGAUCAGGGGGGCAAAUACGUAAUGUACCCCAUUGCAGUGAGUGGGGACCACUCUAACAAUAAAUUGUUUUCAAACUGCAGCAAGAGAUCCAUAGUAAAGAGUCUGACCCUCAAGGCCCCCGCCUGCUUCAGAGAGAGGAACAGCAAUGUGUGCGGAAACUCACGGGUGGAGGUAGGCGAGGAGUGUGAUCCUGGACUGCUCCACCUCAACAGCGACCGCUGCUGCACGUCAGACUGCAAACUUCGGCCCAAUGUGGAGUGCAGUGACAGGAACAGUGCGUGCUGCAAAGACUGCAUGUUUGAGAGGAAGGGCAAGGUGUGUCAGGAGCCGAUGAAUGCCACUUGCAAGGGAAGGUCUUACUGUACAGGACUCAGCAGUGCAUGCCCUCCUCCAGAGAACGUCCCUAAUAAGACCAUCUGUGUGGACAAUGGGCGGUGUCUGAACGGAGAUUGCAUCCCAUUCUGUGAAGCUGUGAAGAGCCUGCAGUCGUGUGCUUGCAAUGAGACGAACAACUCUUGUAAGGUGUGCUGCAAGGAUAAGAAUGCGGUGUGCACUCCUUAUAUUGAUGACAAGGGCAACCCCAUCUUUCUGCGGAAAGGCAAACCCUGCACUGUGGGCUUUUGUGAUGGAGCGGGUAAAUGCAUGAAACAGGUCCAGGAUGUUAUUGAGAGAUUGUGGGAUUUCAUUGAGAAGUUGGAUAUCAAUACUUUUGGGAAGUUCCUGGCAGACAACAUUGUUGGCUCAGUGGUGGUGUUCUCACUUCUUUUCUGGAUCCCGCUCAGCAUUCUGGUCCAUUGUGUGGAUAAAAAACUUGACCAGCAAUAUGAAUUUAACACAAAGCCACUCUUCUACCCCAGUAAUGCAGAGCUGCUGAGCAGUCUAGAAUCAGCCUCGGUGCGGAUCAUCAAACCGCCAUCAUCCUCAGGCUCCUCUGCGGUGCCACGCUUUCAGGCAUCAGAACCCUUGCAGACCAGCACACCACCUGUCUCCAUCUCCCAGGUGGCUCCAGCCAUAAGCCCAACACCAACACCGUGUCCUUACCCCACCAUGGAGCACCAACGCAUGGCCACCAUCCAAGAAGAUCUCAGCUAUGAUUCCCACCUGGAUGAACAAGCCCUGGGAGAGGACUUCCCGACCUCUGGCACAGUGUCACGCUCCUUUGAUGAUCUGACGGAGAACCGAGAGAAUGCUAUGUCCUUCAGGGUAAAGAGACAUGCACACAUUAACAGCAAGGAGACUGAAUGUUAAGAGUAUGAUUGGAUAGGAAUUGUAAGGGAAUAUGCUCGGUGGUAAUGCUCAAAGCUGAACAGAACAAGCAUUACAUAUGCGCUGAAAUGCAAUGUGCUUGCCGCUCAAGUAUUGAAAAAAACUAAAACAGAAUGCAGUAUGUUUUAAAGGCAUAGUUCACAGAAAAUUCACCCUCAUGUCGUUCCAAACCUGUAUGACUGGCUGACUUCUGUGGAGCUCAGGAGGAGAAAAUCGUGAGGAUGUGUUUGUCUCUUUUCCGAGGAAUUAGAAGAGCACACAAAAGCACAAAGUACCUUAAAAGUGAUACAUAUGACUUGUGCCCAAUAUUUCAAGUCUUUUUAAACCUCGAUAAGAUUGUAAAUUUUUACUCUGCAUGGUACAGUACUGAAUAAAAUAUCUGUUACAUCUGCUGCAACCGGAUAGUUUUAAUUGUCGAGUUAAACUUCAGUCCGAUUCCUGAACAGAUUAUUGAGACUGAUUUUGUGCACCAGAAGAACCAUUAAAUUCAAAAUCCGAUUCAAAAGGUUAAUUUGUUCACUAACUGGAGAUUGCUACUUCUUUCAUGAAAACAAUUCUUAUAAAAUGUGCCAGAGUGAAGAAAGGAUUAUCAGAGGAAAAUGACUUAAAUUUGACUCUGUUCCUCCACAAAGCUACCGAAUAGCUUUAAAACACUUUCAAUUAAGCAGCGGCACACAUGUUGGGUCCAUGUCCACCACUUUCAUGCUUUUAAGGCGCAGAUUCAGAAGAAAGUAAGUCAUACAUGUUUGGAAAGACAUGAGUGUGAGUAAAUGAGGACAGAAUGUUUUAAGAGCACCGGUCUUUUAUAAAGCAACACAUGGCACAAAUCAUUCAGUGUCUAGGCAUUACGUGGGAAUUCAGUGUUGUUAAUCCUGUUAGGAUUCUGCAAUAUGCAUUCAUAUUUACAGACGCACACACUCUCAACAGAGUAAUCUACACGUGACCAGCUUCAUUGUUAAAGCUUAACUACCCCAUGCCAAGAUGUUUACAGGUCUGUUUUUGUCUUAGGGAUUGAGUAGAUGCUAACAGAUCUUGAUAACCAUUAACCAUUACCUGUUAUAUUUUAGUUGAUAUUUUACUUGUAUGUGUUCUGACACACCAGCAAAUCAUGUUUUGUAACCUCUACUGAGCACAAUCGUUCUUGCUUUUUAUUGUUUGCAAAAGACAAUCGGAUCUUUUAGAGGAAUUUGAUAUUUUCAGGCAUUAUGUACUGUUCCUGAAUGUAACAAAAUGUUACAGUAAUUUAAACAGUUGUACCAGCUGACAUUAUCCCAUGGUUUCCCAGAUAAGGCUUAAGGGAUAGUUCACUUUGAAA